AUGGCUCCCGCGCUACCAGACGAUAUCCUGCAUCUCCUAUGCGAACAGCUGGCGGAGCAGGAACAGUUUGACACGCUGUUCAACUGCGCCUGCGCCAGCCGAGCUCUCGCGGUGCCCGCAUUAACCCAUUUGUAUCGAUCUCAUCAUAGAGCGCCGGUUCACGGCGGAGGAGAAGAUGAAGCAGUUCCGAUGGCCACCAAGCUCUUGAUGGUCCAGAAAUGGUCCAUCUUGUGGAAGUCGAUUAUCAACUCCAGCUUAGAUGCGGCGCUAUUUCCGUACUGCCGGUAUAUUCGGGCUCUUGACUUUAGGGAUCUGGACAAUCUCCUCGACGACGAUCAAUUCAAAGUCAAAAUCUCUAAGCAAUUCUUCUCCGGCCCUUUGGCGCAGUUCUACAAAGCAGACACGAUCACACGUCAAAACGGAAGGAAAUUCGAUCGAUUGAACGUUACAGCCAUCAUCGAUGCUAUUGGAGAAAUUGUUACCCAACAUACGCCGACUCUGGAGGUGAUUAGCGGAAAAAUCCUCUCACGCGCUCUAGUCCGAUGGGUACCAAGGCUUCCCCGCCUCCAGGUGUUGGAACUCUGGGAUGGAAGUACUCUCGAAGACGAGCUCGUCUCUGCAUGCAUAUACCAGCACUGUCCGACCUUCAAUUCGCUCAUGAUCUUCAGCUGGUUCGGUCAAGAGCGCGAUCACAAGUUUGCAAAAUUCAUCGGAGCCAUGAGACCAAACUCUUUAAAGGCGAUAACUACCCUCAGCGACAUCGGGGCUGGCGCUGAGACGUUUCUCGCCUUGAACGCCCACGGCGAGUCUCUAAAGGAGCUCAGGAUCUGUGUCUCCAAUGAGUCUAUGCCGCAUCUAUCGCUGCUUGCUGGAUGCACAGCACUUGAGGCUCUACGAAUCGAAGACGUGCACGGAAGCAUCGUCCUUGAAGAGACCCAAAACGACGUCUUCUUGGAGAUGAUCGCUUGGCUGCGGAAAUGCGAAAAUCUCCAACGCCUCAGUUUCACAAAAGUUCUAUCUGCGUCGUCAAUUGUAACGCCACUGCUGUUGGAGCAUAACAUCCACCUGCGGACACUCGAGAUCGACUCUUACGUCCUAAAAGACAGCCGGCGAUUCCAUCAAGCUCUCAUCCACCAGAAGGACUCGCUCACUUUCCUGUCACUCAGUGGCGAUACGGAUGGGAUGUUUCGGGAUGAUGUCGACACUAUUGUCGAUUCGCUGAAACAGUUAACGCAGCUGAGGGUCCUCAGGCUCCUUCUCCAAGAGGUCUUCCACGAAGACCACUUGAUUGCCGUCAUCAACAACCUCAACCUGUUAGAAGAGCUUUAUGUCAACGGUCUGGAGCUCAACGAUAGGGUCCUCGAGUUCGUGGGAAACCUCGGCAAUCUUAAGAGCGUUGCACUUGCGGGCAUUUCCAAGUUCACGACUGAUGGGCUUCUCGAGUUUGUUUCCCGCCUUGGACCGGGAAAUCAGGGUAUUCGCGUCAUGAUUGAUAUGGCUGACCCUGACACUCUACUUCCUGACGAAGAGGUAGGCUUGGUUAGGGAGAGUUUGGCUAGGAAAGUGGGAGGAACGUUGGAAUACACACCGUGGAGAGAUCCAAAUGUCUCAGAGUUUGAAGGAGAAUCAGAUUGAGCAAAGGCCAACGAGAGGCGAAGGCUUCCAAUGCUUAGGGAAAAGAAGGGGGCUGCUUCCUUAGAAAGUCACCUUGUAUGCGGCCUUAAAUGCCGAAAGAGCGAUAUGUACGAAUCCGGCUCUCUCAGUAUGGCCACGGUGUCCUCUACCUUGGGUAGACUUAAUUUUCUCGGGAUUUUACUGCACCAUGAACAGCAGCGAAAAGCUAGGCACCUCACAUUACGGGUCGCCACACGAUGCGCUCCUCUGCAACAUGCAAUGCAGUGUCAUCACCGUGAUGACGUUGGGCCUCGCUUGUCCCCGCUUAGUGGGGCUGAAGCAAGAACCUUUCUCAGACUAACAACAUUUCAACCAUUCCCAUUUCAUUCUUCACAGU